AUGCUCCCCAUUGAUGUGUCGGAGCGAUUCCCACUAGCCACCAUAUUGGUGCUCUUCAUCGCAUUGGCAAUGACUGCCACCACGGAUAGUAAACCUACCAAGUCGUUGGCGACUACAUCACACCAGUCUUUGAGCGAUGCUUCGUCUGUACGUCUCCAGAUAAUGCUCACCGGACGGAACAUGCAGAUUCAUGGACAGUCUGUCUUCGAUGUAUUCGCCAAGCCGACUCUGUUCACGGACGGAACAAGAAUACGUUACGAUGGAUUCGCCACAUUUAUCCAAGGUGAUUCACAGUUCACGUACAUGGUCGUUGACGGCUCCGCGUAUGUCGUGGAGAACACAGGAGAUGACACCACGCCCAUCGCCACACAAACCGUGAAUUGUCUGCCAUCAAUCACACCGUUCGACUCCAUCAUUGAUGCACUCAACAACCUCACGGCCAUUACGAAUGAUUCUAUCGGCGACGACAGUGAAAUGGACUGCUCAACCAGAGACUUGUACGAGACGUCAUUCGGGGGUGAACAUUUCAAAGUGUGUGCGUUUGGAGCGGACGGUUUCAUCGCGUAUGGAGGGGAUAUUACGAUGACGAUGGAGUAUUUAGACGGUCCGCUGAGGAGUUUUUCUGCUCCGAAGUUGACUAACGGUAAUAAAUCAUGCCCUGUCGUGGCGAAGCCGACGACUGCGUCCAAGACAACCUUAACUCUGCUGAAUAGUAGGGAAGUAUCUCCUAUUAGCAUGGAUAGUGUUGCGGAUUCAGAUUAA